UUGCUUGAUCUCCAGACAGUCCAACUGUGGCAUUCUGGCUCAUGCACGAUUCAACAACGCUAACUCCCAGUGGAUGUUUUUAAAUGGACACAACUAGGUUUUUUUCUCCAAAAGUUUUUUCCUCCACUUGAUAUUUCAACAUUUUUUCCUUGGAUUGACGAAAGCACUGUAGGUGCGUGAACUAAUAUUGUUUCAGCUUUGUUGACAGUUUGGAUACAUCUUUUUGGAGAUCAUGUUGUUGUUGCCAACACCAGAAGAAUUUCCACAAACAAUCAUCUCUUAGGAAACAUGGAGAGCCGCUAUUGCCUUUUGAACACUGCCAAACAAGACUCCCAGGAUGUUAAACGUAAGCAAUAACUGCAAGGAAUGACUGUUAUUUAGUAUGGAAAACAUAAUCAACUUUUUAUUUUGAGGAGAUUUAUGAUGCUUGUAAGAAGUGAAGAUUCUUCAGUUUUGUUAACUUUGACGUGAAAAACACACUUCCAGUUUCUUCUGACUGAGCUGUGCUGGUAAAUAAUGGAUGGCAAUCUGAGCACGUCAACAUCCUUGGUGGUCAACCUAACAAAACCUUAUCAUGAUGCAGCAGGACCCUGGAGCCUCAUCCUAUUGGUCAUCAUCAUACUGACCAUAGUGGUGGGAAACCUGCUGGUCAUUAUUACUAUAGCCCGCACUUUGCAGCUCCAGACCACGACAAACAUCUUCAUUACGUCCCUGGCAUGUGCAGAUCUCAUCAUGGGCAUCCUCGUAGUACCACUGGGGGCCACAAUUGUGGUGACAGGCAACUGGCAGCUCAGUAACACAUUCUGUGAGUUCUGGACUUCUGUGGAUGUCCUGUGUGUGACGGCGAGCAUCGAGACGCUCUGUGUCAUAGCAGUGGACCGAUACAUAGCCAUUACAAGGCCGCUCCGACACAAGGUUCUACUCAGCAAGUGGCGUGCCAGAGCAAUAGUUUGUUUAGUGUGGGUUGUCUCUGCCCUAAUUUCCUUUGUGCCGAUUAUGAAAGGUUACUGGCGUGCAGCAGAGGAGCCUGAAGCACAGAAGUGCUACAAUGAUCCUGCAUGCUGUGACUUUGUGACCAACUGGGCCUUUGCUAUCAUAUCUUCUAUAGUGUCCUUUUACAUUCCACUGGUCAUAAUGAUAUUUGUGUAUGCAAAAGUCUUUCUAAUAGCAACACGGCAGGUCCAGCUCAUAGGUAUGAAUCGCAUGCGUUUCCAGAAUGAGGGUCCAGCAGCACAAGUGCCAGUUGGCCCUCACAGCAACAAUAUCCUGUCAUCGGGGUGUGCGAGUUCCAGCGGCUGCAGCAGUGCACUGAAGAGAAAGAGCACCAGGAGGAGGCCAUCACGGCUAAUGCUCGUCAAAGAGCACAAGGCCCUCAAGACUCUGGGUAUCAUCAUGGGGGCGUUCACUGUGUGUUGGCUGCCAUUCUUUGUCGCCAACAUCAUCAACGCUUUUAACAGAGAUGUUCCCUCUGAGAAGAUUUUCCGACUGUUAAACUGGCUGGGUUACAUCAACUCUGGCCUCAAUCCUAUCAUCUACUGCAGGAGUCAAGAGUUUCGUAUUGCAUUCAAGAACCUGCUGUGCUGCCCAUGGCUGUCCACCCUGAGGCUCAAUACUUUCUAUAAAGAACUGCGGACUCGCUGCUCUUGUUUUCUGUGGCAAGCUGAAUCGGGCACUGCUGGUUCCUUCCAAAAAUCUCCAGCCUGUAAGACUGAGAGAGAAGAGAGCCUCACCAGUGCACAGGAAAGCAGCAGAAGUGAGACAACUUCCUCUGCCCCUCUGCAGUGGAACGGCAGCACACAGUUCAGUGACUUAUCAGACCCAGAAACCAAAUUCUUCACAGUGCAGGAAAAGGACGGAUGAGCAGGUCAAGUUACUGAAGCACACACUACGGUUUUCCACCAUUACUGGAAAGACAAACACACCAGCAGCGAGGACAAGCUAAAGAAGAAUACGACCAUCGGUCCUGGUAAAAGUGGCUGAACCACAAAAGGAUAUGUAAAGAAAGAGCUGCUUUGUCCUGGACAGGAACACGGUGCCUGUUUCUGUGGGCAGGACAUGGGCUGCUCCCACUCAGAACUUCACAGACAUUACACCAAAGGGAAACCACCCAGCGGCAUCUAAAUACUGUUUGCAAAACACUAUUCCUGAAUAAGGCAAGACUUAAACUGCAACUUUUAAGAGCAUUCUGGUAAACUUUUGGACACAAAAGGUGUGGUUUCAAAAAUGAGCAUUAGCUCCUUUUGUACAGUAUAUUAGCUGGUAAGUUAUAUAUUUAUGACACACUGAGCAAAAUACAAAAGCUAUCUAAUUUAAUACGCGAUUAUAAUUCUGAAAAGGCUGUCGUCACUGUUCAAUUAAGAAACAUUCGUUUUCAUCACAGAAACUCUUCAGUUACACCAAAGGGCUGUGCAUCCAGAUAUUAAUUUCUAGUGCCUGUCUUCAGUCUUGGUCUUUUUUUGUUUUGAGCCUGUAUCCACACAAUAGUUAUCUUGCUUAGAUUCUCUAAGUUGUGCCAUGGCUGUUACAAUCUUACAACACCAAAAGAUUUUGCUCAAAGGCCUAUCUAUCAGUAUAAGUUAUUGUGCAAGGUACAGUAUUAUGAACUGCAGGUAAACAAUAAAAAACGUCUGCUAAGUGUGAUGUUGCCUGCAAACUCCCAGGUUUUCCCCCCUUUGGUAAGGAGACACUCUGAACUGUUCAGAUGACAUCAUCCAUUACUUGUAUGGGGACAACCUGUCCUGUGUUAUUAUUUACACAAGA